AUGUACGAUGAGACAACCGAUUCUUUCGGUUGGUUAUUCAAUACAUUCUUGAAAGCUAUUUCCAAUAAAGCACCAACCACGAUUUUGACUGACCAAGACGCUGCAAUGGCAAAGGCAAUAUUCCAGCUUAUGCCUGACACAAAACACCUUCUAUGUAUAUGGCACAUAAUGCAAAAUACCCAAAAGCAUCUUAGGAAUUUGUCUGUUGGUGGAAAAGGCAUAAAAAGUGUGAUAUCAAAAUUAAUGUAUGAGAUUGAGGAUGAGGAAGAAUUCAUGGUGGAAUGGGCGUUGAUGGAACAGGAAUUUCCUGUGGAGAAUAACAACUGGUUGGCCAACUUAUUUCAUUUGAAACAUGUAUGGGCCAAGGCAUACGUCAAACAUAUGUGGUCGGCUAGUAUGCGUACUACACAACUUAGUGAGAGCUUCAAUGCUCGCUUGAAACAGUACUUAGCGAGACAAUAUGUACUUCUAGAGUUUUUCAAGCAUUUUGAAAUGCUCUUGUUCGACAACCAAUACAAGGAGUAUGCAGCUGAGUAUGAUUUGCUCCAUAGGAUGCCCAAGCUGAAAGCAAGGGGUUUUGUUUAUGAAGUUGCGGUUUAUAAUAAUAACUUGCAUUGGCUCGUCAUAAGGACACAUGAUGACUUAUUAUCAUGUUCAUAUGGAAAAUUUGAAAUGGAGGGUAUCAUGUGCAACCACACUCUUAAAGUCUUUAAAGAUGUGAUGUCUGGUAAUGAAAUACCCAGUCGAUAUAUAUUAAAAAGGUGGACCAGAAAUGCCAAGGAUGGCAAGGUGGAAGAUAUACUUGGCAUUGAUGUAACGACGGAUCCUAGACUCGAAAUGAGGCGACGACACAUAAUCCUUUGUCGUUAUCUAACAGAAAUUUUUGCCAUUGCAUCACUGAGCGAUGAUGGAUUCAAUAAUGUUUUGCUACAGGUCAUAAGUUUGAAAAAAAUUGCUCAAGGAUCAGAACCUAAUCCUAGGCCUGCAUGUAAACAAACCGCAUAA